UGCUGACACUGAUUCCAUCUGACAGUUUACGGUUUUUAAAAUUUUGGAAAUUGUCAUAUCAUAUUUUCUCAAUUAUAUAUCAUCUAAUAAAAAUUUUUGUUCAUAAAAUAAGACUUAAGGUUAUUUAAAUUCAUUCAUAAUAAAGAAUAAAGUUUGAGUCUUGGUAAUAGAAUGACUUCUGUGGAAUGGUCAUUAGGACCUCAAGAUGGAGUGUCUUAUCCAAUUAAAGUUCUAUAUUGUGGAAACUGUACUUUACCAAUAGAAUAUUGUGAAUAUUACCCUGAAUAUGAAAAAUGUAAACAAUGGUUAGAAAGAAAUUUACCUUCUGAAUUCGAAAAAGUCCGAGUUGAUGAAGAAGCGGGUGAUACUGGCGAAGAAGAAAAGAAACGACAAAAACGAGGUGGUAAAGGUAUUUUAAAAACCAAGAAGAAAGAAGAGGGUCCAAAACAAGUCUGUGUUUCGCGUGCUCCACGUGGAAAGAAGAAGUCUGUGACUGUUGUCACCGGAUUAAGUUCGUUUGAUAUCGAUUUGAAAGUAGCAGCUAAAUUUUUUGGUACAAAAUUUGCUUGUGGAUCAUCAGUUACUGGUGACGAUGAAAUUGUGAUUCAAGGAGAUGUAAAGGAUGAUCUUUUUGAUAUUAUUCCCGAAAAAUGGCCUGAGAUCGAUGAAGAUUUUAUUGAAGAUUUAGGAGAUCAAAAAAGAUAAUAACCCUCAUUAGGGUUUAAUUUAUUCUUUUUAACAUAAACGAACUAUUAUUGUGCAUUAAUUAGACCGAUGAUGUUUUCAAUAAAUACAAUUUCUGCCUAGAAUACCUUAAUGUGUUUAGGAAUUGUGAUUAUAUACAGAGUGUUUUUUUAAA